CAAGACUUGCAAAGUUAUCUGCGCGUCGUGAACGAUCAUUGGCGAUAAAAAAAAUUAAUGAAAAUAUUGGAAAAAUGAGGAAAGUAUUAUUAAUGAUAAGAGUUAUUCGUACACUUAGGCAAAUG